UAACAUUAUUGCAAAAUUGAGAUUGAAUUGGGAUUUUAGAAAUAGCUGAAUCGGAAGCAGCGAUAUGGGAGGGCACGGCGCAAUAGAGGCGGCAAAGACGGCCAUAGAGGUGGCGGACGUUGCAUGGAAAGCUAUGGAAUUUUCACAGCAUCAUCUUCAUCAUCAUCAAAAGGACGAUGAUGAUAAAGAAGUGAAGCAUGCGUCAAUAGAUGAAGAAUUGACGAUAUUAAGAGCAGAGAAUCGGAGAUUAAAGAACCAGCUGGAGCGUAAUCUCAAACUUCUGCAAAAUUUAUCUGAAUCUCCUUGCUUGUUGAACGAUUGCCCACCUGAUCUCUACACUCGCCUAGUUGCUACUGUGGAUUCGGAAAACUUCAUGGAGCGACUUAAAUCUCUUCAGCAGGCUUCAGCGAAUAAAACUAGCAUUGAAUUCCCUUUCAAGGAGGCUUCAGGGAAUGACAUGCAGUGUGCUGAAAUCCUUGUGAAUGCUUCCCACGAGGAACCUAGUUGGUGGGUAUGGGUGACAGAAGAAAUGGUUCCAAAUGAUGUGGAAGAACGGAGUGGAAUUGAUGAUGAAUAUUAUGUGGUUGUUACCGAGGAACAUGUGGUGGAUGGAGUUGCUAACUUUAUGGCUAAAUGCAUUUUAUCAAACCCAAAAUCUCAGAACAUGACACCAGAAGAGCUGCAGAAGGUUCUGGCCAAAGCAUUGGAAGGUGUAAGCAAAUGGGAGAAGGUGUUAGAUAUUUGGGAGGCAGGAUAUAUGUUUUAUACCCUGUCUACUUGGGGACUUGCAAUAUGGGGGAUGUAUAGCAGCCGUGCUGUGCUGAAACUUGCCGCUAAGGGUGUUCAUAAAACUGGCAAACUUGUCCUAAAGGCACUAUAAAGAAGGGGGCGCAUUCAACAAGCCAAGUGAAUUGUUAAUAUGUAAAUGUACUAUGUGAAUUGUGCAGUACGUAAUGGUCUCAGCGAUUGUACAACUAUGGAGUAUCAUAUUCCAUUUCCCGUCUGUCCUUUUUAUUGCUAGAAAUUGUUGUAAAUAUCACUUUGUUUGUUUAUAUUGCAAUACUCUUUCAAUCAACAAUUGAAUUCA